AUGAGAAAAUUUUCUAUAAUCCGAAAAGUAAAUGAAAAAAAAAAAUUCCACUUUAAAAUAAAAUUCGUCCGUUUUGAUUUUCAAAGCACGACUGAAGUGCCAUUUGUGGAAGAAAAUGUGAAGCUGAAAAGGAUAAAUGAAAAACUGCUGUCCUUGUUGAAUAAGUACAGGUGUGCAUAUUUGAUGUCUCUCGAUCUUGUUAACUUUUACGAAGAUGUAAUCAGAAGGAGAUGCAAAGAAAAUGGAGGGAAGGAUCUUCUGGAGGGACUAAAGAGGAGGAAGCAGUUGAAUGACACAUGGGAGGAAGAAGUGGUCAUAAGAAAGAAAUUAAAAAUGAAGUUACCCAGGAAUGAAGCGUCUACUGAGGUGACGCUGUGUGGAGGCAUCUGCGAGGGGGUAGACAGUGCGGGGAGCGCUUCCCCCCCGUUGGCAGGGAGGGAAGACUGCAGUGAUGAGAGGGAUAGUUCGGGAGAUACUCCCGUAGACACGUCCGUAGAAAUGACCGUAGAAACGCCCGUAGAUACGCCCAACGCCCCGCACACGAUUCCCCACCAAGGGAACCAGUCCGGCCAUGGAAGCUCCAAUGCCAUCAUCCACGAAAGGAACAAAUCGAACUACGUAAACCUGGGGGCUCUAGAUUUCAGUGCAUACAAAGAAGACUCGGAAGGUUACGUAAAGUACUUCGAAAAAAAGAAAACACAAUUGAGUAAUGAUAAAGUGAACACAGAAUUAAGUUACAACAACGCUGGUAGGCAGCUACACCAGUCUGAGUUCAGGAAACGACCUCUCUUCAAUCAGUCUGUAUAUGGGUCUAAACAGAGCAUAAUUAAAGCCUCUUUCAAUAGGGCGCUCCCCUUUAGCCAUAAAAGCAUAUACAUGGACAAGCACCCCAAAUUUCAGGGCGCCAGAAAGGAAGACCUUCUCACUAACAGGAGUGUGUAUGUUAGUAGUGGCAGCGGCGUUGGAAGUGGUAGCGGCGUUGGAAGUGGCAGCGGCGUUGGAAGUGGCAUCGGCAUUGGCAUUGGCAGCGGCAUCGGGAUGAGUAACCUGUUGAGUAAAAAUGUGGGCCUUCCAAGAAAAGUUGUAAAAAGUGAACUACACAAAGGGGGGGGAUUCAUUGCGCCGUCCCACAGGCCAAUAACUAACUUGAAUAAAAGCGUUUAUGUAGACACAAAAGGGGCCCAUAACAGGGGCAGCAAUUUAAGCGAAGGACUGGGUGGGACCAACAAGGCUACACUGCUAAGUAGGGAUAACAUGAAAAAUGGCGAAAGCGCUUUGAGCAAAAAGGGCAGCUUGGUGGGCAGGCCAAACGGGUUGCAAAAUAGCCUUUACGUGAAGAGGAUGAACUCUACCAUCGGUGGAAGUGGUGGAAGCGGUGGUGUCGGUCACGGCGUUCACGGCGUUCACGGCGGUCACGGUGGCAGUAGCGGUGGUCCCAUCAGCUUUUCCCCCUCCCAUGUCAGCAAGGGCGCCCCAAACAAAAGCGUGUACUUGAGAAGCAACACACUCUCGAUUAGCAACAAAAAGAGGAAAACAAGCGAAGGGGGAGAAAUUUUCAAAUGUUCGUCGGCGAAAGAUAAAGUUAAAGCUGAAGGGAAAGUCACUCACUUGCACGAUGGGAUGGCGGCUGAGGGGGAAAAGACGUCCAUAGUUGAUGGUUGCGUAGAGGAGAAAAAUAACCUAGAUGUGACUCUCGGGGAAGAAAAGCGAAAAGAGAUUCCCAACAUGGUGGCAUAUUUUCACCUAUCAUAUGAGCCAUUAACUUUGGAAAAUGUGGAGCUCCUAAUGGGAAGCGAAAUUAUCGAAGGAGAGCAUAACCCUAGUGGUAGCUCACUAGGGGAUAAUCAACAAGGAGAUGGAAGAAAGGACGAUGGGGUUCACAUAAGCUCAGUAGAAAAUAGCAAUCGUGGAAAACACUAUACGAAGGGAUGUCCAUCCAUGACAGAAGGUUACUCAGCUGGGGGGGAAGAGCACGAAGAGGGGGAAAAAAGAAACGCAGGAGUUGUAUCUCUUAAGAAGGAAGCAUUUUCCAAAUUUGUGAAGAAAGGUGAGGAGAAGAGUUCCCUUCACAUAGGGGAGACAAACCCUGUUGGGGGGGACAUAGAUAGUCACUCGAAUGAGAAGGGUGAACAUUCGGGGGAGAAAUUGGGUAUGAAUCGUACCUCUUUACUGGGUAGAGAAGGAACCAUAUCGUCAGGUGAGCGCUCGAAUGGGCUAGAUAAGGAUCACCCUGGGGGGGGAAGCAACAUGAAGGAGGAUAACCAAGACAUGGAGAGAAAGAAUAAAAACGACCGCAUAGAACCUCUUAGCCAUCACAGCGGUUGUGACGAAAUGGGCCGCCUAAACGAUGAGUCAUGUGGAGAGGAAGCAGACGAGUUGUGCCUAAAAGGGGGAGGAGCUGGGGGUGGAAAGUGCACAGCCGUGGAAAGUGACCAAAUGGGGAGAGCAAAACAGACAAGCAGUGAAAUGCCCCUAAAAUUUCAAAACAUCAUUUUAAGCAUAAAUGACGAAAUUAAAAGGAAGUUACAAAGAGGGACUGAAAAAGGUGAAAUUUUAAGUGUAUCGAAAUGUAAAGAAUCAAAUACAAGUGGGACUAAGUCUGAUUUUACGAAAUCAUUGAGGAGGAAUUUGCUACCGUGUGAAGGACAGAAGAGUGACGCAGGGGUAGAGAUAGAAAGAAGUGUUAAUAACAACAGAGCCAAUCUGCACAUGCAAAUGAGCACCAAUGUAGGAUACGUUUCUCUCGACAUGAUCGACCUGGAUAAAGCUAUGUAUGAAGGUCUCUUAAGUUGCAAAGAUGAUGAAGGAAGUUUCAUUCCAAGUGAGCAAAACGUAAAAGACAUAGCCAUGUAUGAUGAAAUUCUCAAGGGGGAAGCAAAAGGUAAUAUUAAUGACAUCUCCCCGUACAGCAUAAACAAUUGCAAUAAAUUAUUUUUUAGUAGAAGGAGCCAAAUUAGUUUAUUCAAAUCGUCUCAAGAGGUUAAAAAUGAAAUGAUGGGAUUUUUAGGAGUGUCCAUUUUUUAUUCUGUGAAUGUGGAGUCCCUCUUUCCAUCAGUUUCGUUAGUCAAUGAUGAAAAACUAGCAUUGUGGUUCACCAGAAGGAUGAGAGAAAAGAAUGUUAACACACAUGUCUUAGCCAAAUCGUACUGUAGGAAUAAUAACCCCUUUGGGGGAAGAAUCAAAAAGAGGUUGAGCUGUAUGGGGUACUUCACCCAGCCAGUAACCAUCAUGUUGUGCUCUCUAAAACGACAAAGUGAAUUUAAAAAUUUGAAGAAAAUAGUUUCAGCUGUUGUUCUAUGCACAUGUGAUUCUACCACCUUAGAAAAAAUUUUGCAUACCAUACCGGAAGGGAGUAGCAAAAAUUUUGGCCUUUGGACAGAGGCCUUGCAUAGGCUGGAAAGCCAGCUGGGGCCGAAGAGGAAAAGGAGUAUAAUUCGAAAGCUGUUGCGAGUAGGCGGAGGGGAAGAUGCACGGAAAGAUGACGCAAGGGAAGACGCAGGUCUCGUGAAUCCACGUGACAGUAACCCCUACGUUGAAGACUCUGAGUCAGAUGACGACAAUGACGAGGAUGAAGACCAAACGGGAAGGAAAAACAAACACGAUAACCAAUUUGAGUUGAAGACGUACGAUUUUAUGAAGGGAAUGAAUACCUACGAUGGUUGUUUAAGUGAUUCAUUUUCCUCCAAAGGAGUGGAGCAAUCAGACAGUACAACACAUACACCCGUGUCUUCUUCUCGAGGAGCCCUCACCCAAGAGAAGCAAAAUGAAGAAAAUUUCGAAACUUAUGAAGAUGAAGAAUUCUGUCUUUUCAUAUGUACCAUCCCAAAUGCUCACAAGAGGUUUCGCUAUCUACUACUGAUAGAAAAUUUUAAUUUUAUUUAUGACGAUCUGCUAAAGCAUAUUCACAACAAGUUAAUCGCCAUCGAGCUGAUAGCAAGUAAGCAUCUUCUCAUGAAGCAGCUUUUCUGCAACAUUUUAUUUUUAUGUAAUUGGCUAAAUGAGCCGAAAACGUACAGGUGGUUUCAGUGGGACACGGUUGUGAAGAAGGUAGAAAUGCUUCAUGGGUAUUUAGAAAAUGGGAGAAUAUCGAGGGAUAGAUGUAUGCUACUUCUUCUAGCGCAACACACAGGAGAAAUUUUCAGCGACAAGGAACUGCAUGAGUUGAAGAAGGUUAGCAGGUUUCACUUAAAGGACCUCUACGACAGAUCUAUUGAUUUUAUUAACUCUUUCCUGGAGUUGCGUGGAGAAAUGGGCACCACGGAGUUUGCCCGCAGCUGCUGCGUGGGGGAAGAGGCGGGGGAGGGUGAGGGAGAAGACGCUAUGGAAAAUCUCCUCAAGGACAAAUUUCUCGAAAAGGUGCAUCAGUUUGUAGAAAAAGUGUACGGGAAAAUGCUCCUAAUAAUUUCGCGCCUAGUCCUACUGAUAAAGCAAUACUUAGCACUUAUCAUAUGGUUAGGAGACAUCAGGCCAUUCUACCCUCUCUUUAGUUACGUGGAUGAAACGAGGAAGGUGAAAUACUCACAGGAUUUGUUCGUAAAUUUAGUGGCCUUCUUUGAGUCCUACAAUAAGUAUAUUAAUAUGAUCCAAAAGGAGAACGAAAUGGGUAAGAACAGCGAAAGGAAGAAACACGCACUGCUAGAUGGUGACACGGCCAGCUGUUCUUUCCGGCCGGGGUUCUAUUCGCCCACUUUGGAUGAUGCACCUCUGCAGGGGGAUAGGAAUUUGCGCGGAACGAACGGGUUAGAACAUGCCUGUGGAGGCAGAAAGGCGGUUGAUGGGAGUGCCGGGGGGGGGAAAAGUGGCCAUGGCGAGGCGGUUACCAAGGUGUAUAGCGAGGCGGUUACCAAGGUGUAUAGCGGGGCGGCUAACAACGUGCACGGCGAGGCGGCUAACAACGUGUGUGGCGAUUCGUUUGGCGAUUCCCCCAAAGCGUUAAACACAGAGGUUAAAAAGAGAAAAUCGCUAACGAACACCGUAGAUUACGCAUGCGAAGUGAAACGGAAAAGCGUGGAAAAGGAAAGGAGACGCAGGUCUGUUAGGCAGAGAAGUUUCGAUAAGACGUGUGAGGCGGAAUUUCAGCUGUCCGACUAG